AUGACGCUCUCGCUGUCGCCGCUGUCGGGCACUGAUCAGGCGGAGGCACGGCUGGUGGCCAGGGCAAGUGUUGGGCUGUCGGAGCCUGCGGGAGCUGUGGAGGCACAAGCCGCGGCACGACCCGCAGACCGCGCACUCCCUCCCGGCAGCAUCUCACCGCCGCCCGGCCCCGACGGGGCGUGCGCGGCCCGGAGCCGGCGGCGGGACACGGGCUGUGUCCCCCGGGCUCUGCGGACACCUGCCGCGGGCAGGAACGCUCCCGAGCGCUUCAGGCGCCCGCAGCGGGCAGAGGCGAAGGGGCCCACGGCCGUGCCUGGCUCCGCCGCCGUCGGGGGCGGGGAGCGCAGCGGAGAACCGAAAGUGAAGGGAAGGCAGCGGCCGGCGGGGCAUCCCGGUGAAACGCCACCGCUCUUAUUGUGGGUCCCGGCGGGAGAGGCGGUGGCGGCGGUGCCCCCCGUGGCAGGGGACACGCUGGCACCGCGGCACCCAUCGCACCCCUGGCACCCCCGAGAGCCGCGGGACACCCACACCCGACACACCGCGGAAGGGACUGACACUGGAACUAAACCUCCUGAGAGUGGUGUUUUUGGUUUUAUGAUUAAUAUUUCAGCACUUCUAGCUGCAAUUACAAUGUACAUCAGAUAUUUAUUGAUAGAGAAGCAAAAUGAAUCAUCACACUUUGUUAGGUCUUCAUGCAAUAUGUUUACAUUAUGUGUGGGAUUGAUGGGCUGCACUGGAAUGGGCAUAGUUGCAACUUUUCAGGAGCUGGCUGUUCCCAGUGUCCAUGACAUAGGAGCUUUGGUGGCAUUUGGCUCGGGUGUUGUAUACAUCACACUUCAGUCUAUAAUCUCUUACAAGUCCUGCCCACGAUGGAACACUCAAUUUGUGUGUCACAUUAGGAUGGCCAUAUCUGUCAUAUCAUGCAUUGCUUUUAUUCCCAUGAUUGUAUUUGCUUCAAAAAUUUCAAUGACAAAAAUUGAUUGGACUCCAGGUGAAAAGGAUUAUACUUACCAUUUUAUGAGUGCAAUCUGUGAAUGGACAGUGGCCUUUGGUUUCAUCUUCUUCUUUUUAACAUUCAUUAGAGAUUUUCAGAGAUUUUCUUUAAGGAUAUCAACAGAAAUACAUGAAGACUCCUGAUAGUGAAAAACCAGCAUUUUAUAUCUAUGGAUAUUCUAGCUUUCUUUUUACUUUUUCUAUAAGUGGCAGAGGAACAGGGAUUGAAAGGUUGUAAUAAGUCCCUAUGCCAUUAACUCUGCAGCUGCAACCAUGACAAGAUUUUAAAACUCAGAGCAAGGUUCCUCCUGUGUUUUUGAAAUAUUUUUAAACAUUUUUUAUGCUUUGGUAUAUUAAAAAUACUGUAAUAAAAGCAAUAUCUGGAAGCACCCAAAAAUCACUCAAGGACUUGAUCACCUCAGCUCUUCCAUUUUUGACAUAUCUGUACUUUUUAAUUUGCUGUAGUGUGAUUAGUAGCAUUAAUUUUAAACUUGAGAAAGUACAUUUUGCAAAGAGGGAAGUGUAAAGGCAAUGGAAAUCACUAGGAUGGAAUUCCUACUCUCUUAAUUUGCAAGGGCUGGAGAAGAUGGUGAGAGCAGGAGUGGCCAUCUUUGUUUGAAGAAAUCUAAAGUUAGUAGAUGGCAACACUAUGCUACAUAUUUCUGACACUGGGCACUGUAAUGCAAAUGCAAAUGCUAAGAGAAAUUUAUAUUGCUUGAAAAAUGUUUUCUAAUCAUCACUGCAGUGCAUGUGAUAAUCCACCCCUUUUUCCCUUUUAUGCACUGAUGGCCACAGGAAACAAAACACGAAAGUGGGAAUAGAAAGUAAAUUUACAUUUAAUUAUGAUGUACUAAAGAGAAAUCUUAUUGCAAUUUGGUUAAUAUAAAGCAAAGUUUACUAGCCUGUGUUUUAAUCUACAAUGGAGUGAAGAAGGUCUCAAAAAAAGUUUGGGAAUUAUUGGAAAAUAAGAAGAGGUACCAGUAGUUUUCAGGUGCUUAGAAAUAAAUGUAUGAGUAUUUUAUACAGAAAACUGAAUUAAAAAACAAAUGUGGAGAGCAUCUGUAAUGAAGAUAUUUGCUGCUAUAGAUUUACUUCUGUAAUUAAAGACUUGGAAAGGAACUAAUUGAGAAGUCAGAUAUUUAAAGCAUCUGCAGGCAAAAGGUUCUUUCAUGGACUGAUUCAUCACCUUCAUUCAGUUCAUUAACCACUUGGUUGUCAAUUACGUUCUCUGAAAAUAACAUUUUCCAUACUCUAUCAUAGUUUAUGCAGAAAUAUUGAUGAUUUUCAGAUGCUAAUAUCCACUAAUAUGUGUUUUGGAGAGUGAUGUCUUAAGAUUAGCCAUCUGUUGAUAUUUCUUUUAAUGUGUAUU